AUGGGAGAACCUGAGAAAAAGAUUGCAACCCAUGGGGUCAGAUGCUUCGCCAAGAUCAAGAUGUUUCUGAUGGCAUUAACAUGGGCAUAUGUAUCCAAAUCACUAUCGGGAACUUACAUGAUUUCCAUGCUCACACAAAUAGAGAGACAAUUUGGUCUCCCCACGUCUAUAGUUGGACUCAUCAGUGGGAGCUUUGAGAUAGGAAACCAUUUGUUGAUUAUAUUCGUGAGUUAUUUCGGAAUGAAACUGCACAGACCUAUCAUGAUUGGUGUUGGAUGUGCAACUAUGGGCCUGGGGUGUUUCAUAAUUUCACUACCUCAUUUCCUCAUGGGCACAUAUGAAUAUGAAACAAUGAUUUCACCUCCAAGCAACUUAUCAUCAAACAGCUUUUUGUGUGUGGAAAACAGAUCCCAGACCUUAAAGCCAACGCAAGACCCAACAGAGUGUGUGAAAGAAGUAAAAUCAUUAAUGUGGAUCUAUGUACUGGUAGGAAAUAUUAUACGUGGAAUUGGUGAAACUCCCCUUUUGCCCUUGGGUAUUUCCUACAUGGAAGACUUUGCAAAAACUGAAAACUCUCCUUUAUACAUUGGGAUUUUAGAAACAGGAAAGCUGAUUGGCCCAAUAAUUGGACUUCUGUUGGGAUCCUUCUGUGCAAGCAUUUAUGUAGACACAGGGUCUGUGAAUACAGAUGACCUGACCAUAACUCCCACUGAUACACGCUGGGUCGGUGCUUGGUGGAUUGGCUUUUUGGUCUGUGCAGGAGUGAAUAUCCUGGCCAGCAUCCCCUUUUUCUUCUUUCCAAAAACACUCCCAAAGGAAGGAUUACAGGAUAACGGGCAUGGAACUGAAAAUGCCAAAGAGGAGAAGCAUAGAGAAAAGGCCAAGGAGGAGAACCAAGGAAUCACUAAAGAUUUCUUUCCAUUUAUGAAGAGCCUCUCCUGCAACCCGAUUUACAUGCUAUUCAUCCUUAUAAGUGUGCUCCAGAUCACUACAUUUAUCAGUACAUUUAACUUCCUGUCUAAGUACCUGGAGCAGCAAUUUGGAAAAUCCACUGCAGAGGUAGUCUUUUUCAUAGGUCUUUAUACCUUACCUGCAAUAAGCAUUGGAUAUUUAAUUGCCGGCUUCAUUAUGAAGAAAUUCAAGAUCACUGCCAAGAAAGCCGCAUACCUAGCAUUUGGCCUGUCCUUGUGUGAAUAUCUUUUUGGUUUCUGUAACUUUCUGAUUACCUGUGAUAAUGUCCCAGUUUCUGGCUUAACUAUCUCUUAUGAAGGAGUCCAGCACCCUCUAUAUAUGGAGAAUAAUGUCUUUGCUGACUGCAACACAAGGUGUAGCUGCUUAACAAAAACAUGGGAUCCAGUGUGUGGAGACAAUGGUCUAUCAUACAUAUCAGCCUGCCAUGCAGGCUGUGAGAAGUCGGUAGGAACUGGAAUUAACAUGGUGUUUCAAAAUUGCAGCUGCAUUCGGUCAUCAGGAAACGCAUCUGCAGUCCUUGGACUGUGUGGAAAAGGCCCUGAGUGUGCUAACAAGCUGCAUCACUUUUUAAUCCUGUCAAUAUUUCUCAGUGUCAUCUACUCACUCUCAGCCAUACCUGGAUACGUGGUUUUUCUGAGGUGUAUGAAGUCUGAAGAGAAGUCACUUGGAGUUGGAAUACAUACAUUUUGCACAAGAUUAUUUGCUGGCAUUCCGGCACCUAUUUACUUUGGAGCUUUGCUGGACAGAACCUGUUUACAUUGGGGAACCCUGAAAUGUGGUGAGCCAGGGGCAUGCAGAAUGUAUGAUAUAAAUAGCUUCAGGAGCAUUUACCUUGGAUUGCCUGCAGUUUUAAGAGGAAUAAGUUAUCUUCCUGCAUUCAUUAUUGUAAUACUUAUAAGGAAGUUCUGUCUCCCCGGAGAAAUUGACUCUUCAGAAAUGGAAAUUGCAGAGAUGAACUUCACUGAGACGGAAAAUGAGUGCACAGAUGCGCACAGAAGUCCUAAGUUCAAGAGUGAUGGAGAACUGAAAACUAAGCUGUAG